AUGAUGCUCUCCUUGAUCAACGGGCACUGCCGGUCUCCAAGUGGUCGACCUGCUGCAGGCGGUGUGACGGUAUCACCGACGCGAUCAUACGCUGGAUCUUGCACUGCUGGCGAUCAAAAGCUAUCUUUUCUUCCGCAGUGCCGAGUUGGUCUCUCUUAA